GUUCUCUAUAACGCGGUCUCCGGGAGCCAGCGGGGAAGAAAGAAGCCGAGAGGGCGGAAGGCGCCCUCCCCGCCGCCUGGGCCCGGGCACCGGGUGCCGGGCCGGGGUCCUUCCCGCCUCCCGCUGCCGCCGGCCGCUUUGUUUGUCCCCGCCUGGGCGUUUCGGGUGACUGGAGAGGGGCUCACGCCCGGCGCUGCGCCCGGAACGCGGCGGCAGGAAGCGCUACCGAUCGCGCCGGGGACUCGCGGGGACCCAGGAGUCCGGCCGCUGGGAGGGCCUCUGGACCAGAUCGCCGAGGGGGCCGGAACGCCGCGGCGGCCUCGGGCGGCGGGCCCCGGGCGCCCGUGAGCACAGACCUCCCCGUCGACGGGGGGCGAUGUUCCCCUGGCCCGUGGGCUCUUCGGGCAGCCGGGGCAUCCCGCCGUUGGGACCAGGGCCCCCUCAGUGGGCGCCCCCCCAGGCUGCUCCAUGGAGACUCUGUGUCCCCCUCCGCGCCUGGCGGUGCCCGCGUCCCCGCGGGGGUCGCCCUGCUCGCCCACGCCCCGGAAGCCGCGUCGGGGGACCCAGGAGUUCUCCCCGCUGUGCCUGCGUGCGCUCGCCUUCUGCGCCCUAGCCAAACCCCGGGCGUCCGCCCUGGGCCUGGGGUCCGGCGUGCAGCUGGGCUCCCGGGCCUCCCCGUGCACCGGCGGCUGGGCCGCGGAUGGCCUGAGGCACCUCGGGGGACAGGCCGGCCGGCCCAGCGACCCGAGCUCCCUGGCCCGCGAAGAUGCAAACGUCGCGGUGUGCCCGGGCGGCGGAGAGGAGGAAGAGGGCGGAGGCAGCUUCCCGCAUUUCGGCGCCGGCUCCUGCGCACCUCCGGGCCGCUGCCCCGCGCCCCGGCGUCCUCGGGAAUUUUGGACCAACUCCGCCUCAUCUCCGCCCAGGCCAGACCCGGGUCUCCAGUCCCAGCCUGAUGCAGCUUGCAGUCGGCCUCUACAGUCCAGUUCCCGGCCUCCGCCGCCACCUGUGGGCCUCUCCCCGGAUCCCGCAGUUUCCGAGCAGCCUCCGCCGGGCUCGGCGGCCGCAGCCAAUGGAAACCUCCCGCCCGCCGCCCCUGAGGCGGCAGCAGUUAGCAGCCCCUCGACGGCUGCCGCAGCUCCGGCCGCGCCCGGCGAUCUCCGCCAGGAACAUUUCAAUCGCCUGAUACGCCGCUCGAAACUUUGGUGUUACGCGAAGGGCUUCGCCCUGGACACUCCGAGUUUGCGCCGGGGCCUCGAGCGGCUGCCAGCCAAAACCCGGGGAGCCGGCAAGAAACGCCGACGACCCGCACCGCCCCCGCGCAGCGUUCAGCCCCGCCGCCCUACCCCGACGCUCCCGACCACCGGCACCUUCAGCCUCCUCGAAUGCUUCCCCUGUCCCCCGGCCCUGGUGGUGGAGGAGGACGGAGACCUAGGGCCAGCAUCCUCUCUACGCCUCCAGGGAGACGCUAAGCCGCCGCCAGCCCACCCGCUGUGGAGGUGGCAGAUGGGGGGGCCCGCUGUCCCUGAGCCCCCGGGCCUCAAAUCUUGGUGGGUCAACUUGGAAGAACUAUGAGCUGGGACCUCUUCUGCCAAGGGGGAAAGUUGGGGCCACGGGCAAACUGCGGGCUCCAGAAGAGAGCCUCGUUUCUCGCAUUUGUUCUCUUCCUUUGCGUUUUUGUGGACUGUGGGCCUUAAAUGACAGUGAUCUUAAGGACUUCAACUGACAGUGAUCUUUAGGCACCUGAGAGGUCGAGGUGAUGUUCCCACGAAUUCAACUUUGCAGAAGCACGCAAGGCUGGCGUCCCUGGGGAACAAGUUUAACUGCAGAAAGAAGGCUGCUUGACCUGGAUUCCAGUUCCUCCAUCACAGCUCUCCUGGGCAGGCCCUUCACCCUGGGGAAGCAAGGCUCAAAGACCAAAAAAAGGGACAGAGGGACCUUGGUGAUGGACAAACUGUGUCUGAGGGCCAGCUUGGGGCUAUGGGGGCUGUGGUGUGUUAGGAAGGUGAUUGGCAGCUUCCUGGGGGCAUCCCCCACCCCCACUGCCCAAACCUUUGAACCCUUUACUCCCUUGGGCCUUCUGGCAACCCUGGAGCCAUAAUGGGAGGGCAAACCAAGCCCUUUUCUUUCCCUAGUCCUUCCACCCCCAAGUUCAGGUGGUUCCCCUCAUUGAUUAGAGCUUCAGUCUCAGCCAUCAAAUUUUCUCUUUUGUCCACUUUUGAAGUCUUCCUUAGCCAUAAGGUUUGAUGAGUGAAAGAGAAUGUCUCCCACUCCAGUGUUGUCCUCUUACUCAGAGAGGGCUGAGAGACUCUUAUUAUACCAUCUCCAAGGCUGACUUAACCUGGAAAAGGGACUAGAGACUCUCGCAAAGUCAUGGAAGGUGGAAGAAAUAAAAAUCAGACCAAACAAGUCCUCCCCACCGAUUUAUGGAUAGGAGUGGGUGGAGCUGCCUGAGGCUUUGGACACCCACACUCAGCCCCCUUGAAUCCUGGGGACAACAUGCCACAGAGGGGUAAAUGAAAGGGUUCUUGGCCUCAAGGGCCUCCUGGGGUUUGAAGGGAACCUGGGCUGGGCUACCUUCAGUUUUCUCUAGCCUCAGGCAUUUUGGGAGUUGUCAGGGAUCUGAUGGAUCCGAAGGGGGGCAGGGCCUGGGGAUUAGGUUUGGGGUCAGAGGUUCUGUUUUGCAGGCAGAAAGGAGAUAGGCCUGGACCACGCCCCAGCCAGCACUCCUUGAGUUUGAGGAAUGAAAAGUCUUCUCCACACAGGGAGACCUGGUCUAAGGUUGGGUGAGGUUUACAGGGCAGCUGUGCUUUCAGAUCUGCCAGUGGUCCAGGCACCCAGUGGCCUGUCUGCCUGCCCUGCACAAGUGAGUAGUGCCCCUAUGCCCCUCCCAAAUUGGGGUGAGGGAGGAUCACAUUCCUACAUGUGACACUGGGGAAGGACUUGUCUCCUUUUCUGUGAAAAUGCUUUGUAAAAUGUUGUUAUUGUUUGCAUAGAGCAGAUUCUUAAGAAAAACUCUUAAAAACUCAA